AACGGAGCCGCUCAGAUGCGACGCGUUUCCUGCUUCGCCAAAAAGCCCUCAGCCGCCCGCCCAACAUCCGGGAUCAUGCUUCUCAUCAUUUUCCUAAUCAGUGUGUUAAGUGUAUUGGGACCGGAGGGUCAGAGCCCGAGCACGACGCUGCGACCCCCGGUGACAGAGGAGAGCGGUCAGUGCUCGGCCGCGUGCGAGUCCCGACAGCAGAGUAAACUGUUGCGCCUGCACUCCAUUCGCUCGCAGAUCCUGAGCGCGCUGCGCCUCGAGCGCGCGCCGAACCUCACCCGGGACGCGGCGAGACAGCUCGUGCCCAGAGCGCCGCCGCUGCUCGAGCUCCUCAGCCGGUACGAGAGGCAAAAUGGCAGCACGGGCGAGGAUUACGAGGAGGCGGAGGAGCGCGAGGAGGCCAGCACCGAGACAAUCAUCACCAUGGCGACGGAACCUCAAAGCGUAUCUCAGACCAACUCGGUACCGCGGUGCUGUUUGUUCUCGCUCAGCCCCAAGAUUUUGCCGGACAACAUUGUGAAGGCUCAGCUGUGGAUCCACCUGCGUCUGGGCAAAGAGGCCACGAGCGUCUUCAUGCAGAUCUCACGCUUUCAGCCGCCCUUCUACAGCAACCCCAGUCCCAAAAUCCUCUCUCUGAAGAUCGACGCUGACACCCAGACCAACCCGUGGCAGAGCGUCGACAUGAAGCAGCUGCUGCAGUCGUGGCUCAAGCAGCCCGAGAGUAACUUCGGCGUUGAGAUCAAGGCCUUCGACAGCCAAGGGAAAGACUUGGCCGUGACCUCUGCUGAAUCAGGAGAGGAGGGGCUUCAACCCUUUCUAGAAGUCAAAAUUACAGAAGCGCCGAAACGUUCCAGACGAGAAUCCGGCCUCGACUGCAACGAGCGUUCUUCUGAAUCCCGCUGCUGCCGCUACCCGCUCACCGUAGACUUUGAAGACUUCGGUUGGGACUGGAUCAUUGCGCCUAAGCGCUACAAGGCCAACUACUGCUCGGGCGAGUGUGAGCAGGUCCACCUGCAGAAGUUACCGCACACACACCUGGUGAACAAGGCGAACCCUCGUGGUACGGCUGGACCGUGCUGCACGCCUACCAAAAUGUCCCCCAUAAACAUGCUCUACUUCAACCACCGAGAGCAGAUAAUCUACGGGAAGAUCCCUUCUAUGGUGGUGGAUCUCUGUGGCUGCUCCUGAGGUUUGCCUUAGUGUUGGGAUUCCAGCUUCCUUUCUAUGCUGACACUCAUUAAACACAUCUGAUAGAAAGUCUGAGGGAACAUAGAGGAAUUCUGCUUCAUCUCUAACACAGUGCUACUGAGCUGCACCUCACCACGUUUAACUCUUUUCUGCGUAGAGCAACACUGAAUGUUGUGGAAUAUGUGCGAAUCCAGUCAACAUCCCUUCUCACUUACAUAUAUUACUCAUACCAUAAAGACUUCACCUUCAUAAAGACUCUCUCGUUUCUGUCUUUUGAAGAUGAUAAGAAAAAUCUCAGCUUGUCAUGUUACUGAGAAACAAAUGAUGCCUAAACUCCUCUGUCCUGAAGAUGUCAGAAAGUGUAAAGUUCCAGCGUUACCUCUGACUGUUACAAAGUGCUGACACUGGAGACUCCACAGAAACUUCACCAUACCAACUAAGUGGAGUGUCUGUUGUACAAGACCCAGUGAAGGUGCCUUUACUAUAGAAACAACAAAAAUGGAAUUUUUGGACUAUUCCAAGACUUUGAGAUGGAGGACAUUUUUCUUUGUCCUGUCAGAAGUCUGACUAUUAUAAAAGUUAACUGUAGCAUUAACUCGCAGCAUUAACACUUGUGCUAAUGAGACAUUAAAAAAAACAUUAUAGCAACACUAACAGGAAAAAAAAAACAACCCUUGACGGUUUCCUCCAUCAGCAAGAGUUUUAGAUGCGCUGAGCACAUAACAAUGUUUACUACUUUAAUCUGCUUUAUACAGCUUAUUUUGUUUAAGUAGCUUUUUCGAACAAACUGGAAUCAAUACGAGAGCUGAGCGAUAAUUCCUGACAUAUUAGCUAUAUGAACAAAGUGGAGAACAAACUUUAUUAGAUGUUUGUUCCAGUGUUAGUACAAGUGUUAAUACAGCUUUAGAGUGAAUGUUAUUUGAAUUACAGCUGAGUGUGUGGCAGGACUUGGAUUAGGAGUGUUGUUACUGAUUAGUGAGAGAAUGUGGGAGUGAGAGCGAGUGUUUGACAGUUAGAUCAAAAGUGAGAGUGAGACAGUGAGAGUGAGACAGUUAGUGUGUUAGAGUGAGACAGUGAAAGCCUGAGAGUAAUACAGUGGGGGUAAGACCGUGAGAGUGAGGCAGUGGUAGUGUCAGAGUCUGAGACAGUGAGACCGUGAAAGUGUGAGAGUGAGACCGUGAAAGUGUGAGAGAGAGACAGUAAAAGUGUAAGAGUGAAGCAGUGACAGUGAGAAAGUGAGUGUGAGACAGUGAGAGUGAGACAGUGUGUUAGAGUGAGACAGUGAAAGCCAGAGAGUAAUAUAGUGGGGGUGAGACCGUGAGAGUGAGACCAUGAAAGUGUGAGAGUGAGACAGUGUGAGAGUGAGACAGUGAAAGUGUAAGAGUGAAGCAGUGAGAGCGAGACAGUGAGUGUGAGACAGUGAGUGUGUUAGAGUGAGACAGUGAAAGCCUGAGAGUAAUACAGUGGGGGUGAGACAGUGAGAGUGAGACCGUGAAAGUGUGAGAGUAAGACUGUGAAAAUGUGAGUGUGAGACAGUGAAAGUGUGAGAGUGAAGCAGUGACAGUGAGACAGUGAGAGUGAGACAGUGAAAGUGUGAGAGUGAAGCAGUGACAGUGAGACAGUGAGAGUGAGACAGUGAAAGUGUGAGAGUGAGACAGUGAAAGUGUGAGAGUGAAGCAGUGACAGUGAGACAGUGAGAGUGGGUAUGACAAAGUGAGAGCGAGAGCGGUUGUGUAAAGCCAAAGUCAGUUGUUGACUUGAAUUGAAUUGUUUAAUGACCUUAAAGCACUCUGUCCUUCACUAACCCGGACUGAAAGUCCUCACUGACCCUGCCUCAGGCAUGUGGGGCUGAUUACGGCUCUUUGGACAAAUAAACAAGUGGUCAACUUA